UACAAUGAAUCAUUCAAGUAGGUACAUAUCAUGGCAAUGUGAAAUGGCUCCUGUUUUUGGCAUAAAAAUAUUAUUUCGUGCUCUGAAAAGUUUAGAAAUUUUUCAUGAGUUUUGUUUUUGACAUUUUGACUGACGUUUUGAACACCUACAACAUGUGUGGAUUGAUGAAGUUUCGGUAGGUUUUGAUGAGGUGAUCAAUGAUCAUUGAUCUGAUUCUGAUUAGUUAUCAAUAUAAUCAACAAAUGAAUAGGUACGAAUUCAUGGACGUUACUUAGUUGUAGGGAUCACUUCGCUAAGUGGUGAAUUUUGAUUCAAUUUUUCUCGUAAAAGUUGUAAUGGUAAACGAAUAAAAAUUUCAUAUUUUUAAAAUGAUGACUCGAUACUUCAGAGUCGAGUCCAAUCUCUCAAUUCAAUAAUAAAAUUUUUCGAUUCAAUCACGCCUGGAAAAAUGGAGCACUCAAACUCAACUCUCAAAAGAUACAUCGAAUAAAAAUAAAGUUCAUACAUAUUAUGUAGUAAAUUAAUAAGGGAAGUAAAAUGGUAAUUUAUAAUUUCAUCAACUGACAACAGUGUUUCAAUUGCAAUACGCACGUGGUUGACUGGUUGUGUUGUGGUCAUGGUUGUGGUUUUAUCAAUGUUAGUGGAUUUCUCCUAAAUGUUAUUCUGAUUUCUCAAUUUCUUAUAUUUUUUUCUGCUAUUUCGUUGUAAAAAUCGCGAAUAAGUUUUAGAAUUGCUUCAAAUCCUGUCGGAAUUUGCCAGUUAAACUUCAGUAAGAACGCAGAAGUGAUCAGUAUCAUCCAGUGAUAUGAUGGGGUCGAAUGUUUCCAGGAGAGAGGAUAGUGACACUGGAGAAGAUUUUAGCGAAAAUGGAUCGAACGAUUCUCUCACAGAAACUGAAGAUAGUGAAGAUGAUGAUGACUCGGAUACUUCUUCUUAUCAAUCAGAUUCAUCAAUAUUAUCCAAUUUUUCGUUUACUGGUACAAAUAAUAAUUGGGCUUCCGUAUUCGAAGCAAAACCUCUUGGAGCUGUGCCGGCGUUGAAAGAGAUGGCAGCUGUUCGUAUUGCAGUGGCAUUAUGGAAUCAUGCUAAGAUAUCUGACGCCAUGUCGAAAUCAUUCAAAAUUAAUGAAUAUACUUUUACAUUUACUUCCGUCAAAGCGUCAGAAGUAUGGGAUUCGUUGGUGAAGAAAGUUUACCAAACAUCCUUAGAAUUACGGGUCCCGAAUUCGAUAGUCGAGUAUAUUAAUGAGUAUGUCUUCAAAUUACAUCGUGAAAUUCAAAAUUGGGUUUCAUAUCAUCGUCGAAAAGUAUUUCUUACGAAUCACGUGAAGUACGCUUUUGUUGCUAGUCUCGUCGAGGAUCUAAUUUGGCAUUCGAAUGGCACCAUCGAUUACAAGGGAACAGCCAAACACUUGAUCGCGUCUCACAAAUUAAGCAACGUUAUGAAAUAUCGACUAUUGUGUUCGUAUUGUCUGAAAGACGAUAUUGAAACGAUGUCACCGCGUUCGUUGGUGAAUGAUACAUCGAAUCGAUUGGAUCGCGAGCUACAUCCUAUUAUUCAUUAUUGGAAUUGUUAUUAUAGAAACGAAUUGCACAAAAUACCAAAGAGAAAUGGCUCUAUCGAUACUUUCAUGUUUGAAAAUUCUCGUGUAGAUAACUGGCCUGCCAAAGAGUACUUUUUCAAUCGUCUGUCUGCCGAACAACAAGUUCAAAGUGCUUCAAGAUUGAUCGAUACAUAUGGCGUAAAGUAUCAGUGCUUUUUACUAACGAAGUUGAACGAAAUUCAACGUUUGAGCUUGUAUUCACAUUCAGAUCAAGCGAUCGAAAUUUUGGCGAAUUUUGCGAAAACCGGAUCAAAUAACGAAGAUGCGCGUUCAACAUGGUUGGAGAUCAGAAAUAUAAUCAAGAGGGAACAAUUUGUGAGAUUAUUCGAGAAAUUGUUGGACCAACUAAACGGUCGUAUUAUUUUGCAAGAUAUUUGGAACAACUGCUGCGACGAUUUCAAGCAUUAUAUUUUCAAUUACAAUGACAGCCAGAUAAUCUAUGCAAUGUUGAAACACUACUUCCGUACUCAUAUUCGCGAUAUUUUGUUAACCGUGUUAUCAGAUUCGAGCAAGGAAGUGAAAAGUGAAAUUACGAAGAAAGACGCUUUUAAAAAGUGUUGCGAGGAGUUGAUUGAAAAAAAUAACUUUCAAGAACUAAACCAAUUGUUAAGCUCGUGUUUUCCGGCACGCGAAGACUUGGCAGAGUUUAAAUUGAGCAUGGUGAAAGAAUCGCAGUCCGUUAGGAAUUGGUGUUUGUGUUAUUAUUACGGAAUUACCGGACCAAGUUUACAAUAUUUGAAUGAUUAUUUAACUUCGCUUUUGUCGCCUGCACAUACAGAUUUCAUCAUCGAAUACAAAAGAAAUUUGCUCAUGUCACCAGAUGGUAUUGUAACGUGUGCAUUAAGUGUGGCUUCGAAAAGAGACCAGUUGAAUGAAAUUCUCGCCGAUAUUUCAGCAUCCGAUGACUUUGCGAUGAAGUUUAAGAAGAAGGUACUAUUUUCGGGAACGGCUGUUUCUCGUUUCUGCUAUAAGAUAUCGAAAAAUCGUUUAAUGAACGUUAAAGAAUGCGUCGAUCGACACCUCUCGUCGGACGAAGACAAGAAAAUCUUGAAGACGGCGUUGAUCGAUGAUCGUGUCGCACUGAUGCGUCAGAUUAUCCAGAAGUGUCCUUAUCCGCAAUGGCAAUCGUUGUUGCUAUGGUAUUUCGAAAACGAAAAAAUAAUAAAACAGGUUAAAUGCGUGUUACCUUUGAAUGACGUAUUCGAUGAAAUAUUACGCGAAUGCGUUUUUAAUUCGUACGAAAAAUACCAGUCGGCGUCGCGACGAAGCGUUAAAAUUAUAUUCAUCAAAUUGAAUAAGUUUCUGGCUUGGUAUUUUAAAUCGUCUGAUGCAGCUAAGAAUUACAAAUUGCAAAGAGUGGAUUUGUUCAAAAAAAUACCGAUGAUCUCUGAAUUGAUGGAGAAAACGAAUAGUACGCCGUUUUUAAAAUCGUUGAUGAGCUGGUUUUUUGAUAACGAUAUCCAAGAAAUUGAAAAAUUCGAAAGAAAGCAUAAAGGUGCGAAAAUUGUUAAAAUUGUUCGAUUGGUGCGCAAAAAAUGUUGCAAGUAAUUCGUACCUACGUUAUUUUAUGUACGAUCAUUUUUUCAGCUUGUUCUUUUAUGAUUUUUUGUAUUUUACCUCAUCUUUGUAAUUUUGGAUGAUAAACUUUUAUUAGGUAGUAUGUAGAUUCCUACGUGUUAAUUUGACGUGUCUUUAGUACCUACUUACAUUUUGUUUUUCCUGAAUACCAUAGUGCAGUUGUGUUUAUAAAUUUUUUUAUUUGUACUGUACAGUAAUAAUUUUAAUCAGCUUGUGAAUUGUGAUACGGUUCUCUUGAGUUGAAAUAUUCAUUUUUAAUGCUGAACAGCUGUUGAUAUUGUAGAAUAAGGAUGUCAACUACGAGUAUCAACAUCAACUGUCGAUGUUUUUGCUAUGUUGCAGUUGAAUUUUUAGGCUACAAAAAACAAAAUUACUUUCUCCUAUUUACUCAAAGAUAUACUGUGUGUUUGCACCUUCCUAUUUUUCGUGUACAUAUUUUAUGUAUGUCUGAUUUUGUGGAUUAGGUAUUUGAGCUUGGAUUUUGUUCUUUUUACUUGUACCUAAUCGGAUUCAUGUUCAAUUGUUCAUCAUAAACCUUUGUUGACUUGCAAACAUUUACGAUUGAUGUAAUUAAUACUUUACUGACGUUUAGAAUAAAGAUUUAAUUUUUAGGUACAUAUCUAUUUUGCAUGUUAUAUUGGGAAUGUGCUUUCUGAAUUAUGCGUUCAAUAAAAAAUUGUUCAU